CUCUGGGGAGAACCGCUAAAAUCGGAUACCUCUACGACAUUACAAGAGAUGCUUUUUGCGAAUCCUCCUUACGUAUUUAUGGCGGAACUGCCAGUUCGAGUCAUAGAUAGAAUUGAAACUCCCCAUACUGACUUAGUCUUUGAGUAUGGGGAUUCAUAUAAAGAAAAGUUUAAUAAGCUAGAUGUUGAAUCUCAAUUAAAGAUAAGCAUUCUCUCUGGUUUACUCGCCUUGGAAGGUUCAGGAAAAUAUUUGAGAGAUGUGAAGAAUAGUUCAAGAUCUGUGAAAGGUACUCUAAUAUACCAUAUCUCUUCGGUCGAAGAAAGUUUAAGUAUAAAUCGUGAAGAAAUCAAAGCAUACAUUGAUACCGACGCUUUUAAUGCACGUGGCGCUACGCAUGUUGUAACAGGCAUAAAGUGGGGAGCUACAAUGAUGGCAUCAUUCGAGUAUAAGAAUAGAAAUGCAAAAAACAAUUCGGUAGUCGAAGGAAUUCUUAAGGCUAACUUUGAAAAGGUUUCCUCAUGCAUCGAUGCUUCCGCGGGAGGUGAUACAGAUAUCAAAGGCGAACGACAUGAACUUAUGAAUCAUUUCUCCAUAAAUAUUUUUGGAGACGUUAUUCCCGAUAACAAAAAUCUUCCUCGAUCCUUUGCCGAAGCAAAAGAAAUCCUAACUGAACUCCCUUUAUACGCCAAAAAAUAUAAUUAUGGAAAGGGUGUGCCGUUUGAAUUCAAACUUUAUCCAUUGUCCGAACUUGCGAGGAAGUUCAAGUAUAUAUUUACUAUUGGAAGAAUGAUAACGGAAUUAAGCGAACAAACGAUUUUAAGGGUAGAGCAAGUUUUUGAUGAUUUUCUUAAGUCCAAAAAGAUGUUAAAUGAUUUGUAUGAUGAUGCCAGAUCCAUAUCUGACCACAUACUUGACGAGACUUUGUCUGAAAUCGAGAAACGCAUGCAGGAUACUAAAAUUGAGGAAACAAAUUUCAGGCAAAAACUUGCCAAUAGUCUCGUUAGAGUGCGUUCGGGUAGAUGUAAUAUUGAUGAAAUUGAACAAAGGAUAAUUAAUUUUCAGAAGAGUAUGCUAUCUAACGAAUCCAUUGGGGCAUUUAUUAGAAAAUAUAAUAGCAUAUCCAAGAAGGCAGAGUUGAUAUUCACCCUAAAGGAAAAAAACGUGGAAUACAUUAAAAAAGAUUCCACUAUUGAUUUCAUUUUAAACAAAUAUCAGUACUUCAACCUUUAUAUAUUCAGUGACAAUGAUGAAUACCUCAUUAAUGGUAAACAUUCGUCAGAGCACACCAAGUUCCGAAACCUAUACACUCAUUCGAAUAACGGUUUGAGCAAAUUCUUAAUAGCCGAGCGUAAAAUAUGCAGGGGAAUAAAAGGGUCCAAUUAUCCGGUAAUUCUUCAUUAUGUAGAAGGGAGAAAGGUCACCGAUAACGGUUAUUCAGCUGAUAAUGAAGAAAUAAAUAUAUUAUUGCUGGGUGAAACAGGAGUAGGAAAAUCCACUUUUAUAAACGCAUUCGCAAAUUACCUGAAAUUUGAUUCGUUGGAUGACGCAAAAUCCGGAGACAUGGAGGUAUUGAUCCCGUCCAAGUUCACAUUAACAAAUGAAAAUUAUGAACAGAGAGUCAUACAAGUGGGCGAACAAGUUGACGAUGGAGAACAACUCGAAAAUUCAGAAAUGUCGGCCACUCAAAAGUGUAAAUAUUACGCGUUCUAUGCAGCCAAUAAGGUCAUAAAACUGAUCGAUACACCCGGAGUAGGAGAUACUAGAGGCGUUGAUCAAGAUGCAAAGAACUUUGAAAACGUAUUAUUGUACAUCUCCAAUUAUCAAAAUUUGAAUGGGAUAUGCAUUCUUCUUAAACCAAACAACUCAAGAUUGACCGCUGUAUUUAAAUAUUGCAUACUUUCAUUAUUAACACAUCUUCACAAGAGCGCCAAGGAUAAUAUAGUCUUCUGCUUUACAAAUUCUAGAGGAACAUUCUAUCGCCCAGGCGAUACAUUACCACCAUUAAUUAAACAACUCAAUACGCUUAAAGAUAAUUCUGGCGUUGAAAUAAAGGUCCGGAAAGAGACAACAUUUUGUUUCGACAACGAAUCAUUUAGGUUUCUAGCAGCAACCAUGGAGAAUGUUCAUCUUCCCGAUGAAGAUGAAUAUGCGAGAAGCUGGGAAAAAUCGGUACGGGAAUCGCUAAGACUUAUGGAACACGUUAUAAGUCGUCCGCCCCACAAAGUGAAAGAUAUGCUGUCGCUUAAUAAUUCUAGAAAGGUAAUAAAAUUCCUUAUGAAACCUCUUGCCGACAUACAACUGUUUAUAAACAGAUCCGUCGAACAGAUCACGGAGUUAAAAGAAAAGGUAGUGAGCUCGGAAAAGACCAUCGAGGAACUUACGAAAUCGAUGGACGAUAUAGAAUAUGAAUUUAACGUAGAAUCACUUGAAUCCCCAAUCAAUGUAUGCACAAAUAAAAAAUGUUCCGAGAAUAACACUAUUUGUUGUAAGGCGUGUCAUAUCAAAAUUAAACGGAAUAUGACCGGAAGACUCUUCUUAUGGUUUUGUUCGUCAAUCGGAGUCGACGGAAAAUGCAAGGCUUGCGGAUGUUCCUGGAAAAUGCACAAGCAAGUUGUCGAAAGAGAAACGCGCAAGCCUAUACAAAUUACAAGAAGUGAAGUGGCGGAGGAGGUCAAUAAAAAUAAAUCGGAAGCAGAAAGAAAACAAGCACUUAUAGAAAAUAUUGAGUUUAAGUUGGCUUGCCUCUCAAGCGAAAAGGAGAGAAUUUUCGGUAUUAAGAAUAAGUUUGUACUGUUUCUAAAACAAAAUACAAUAGCACUUUUUAAUGACGCAUACGAUGAAUACGUUGACAAUCUCAUAAAACUAGCAAAAAUUAAAGGAGAAAAAGAAAGAACAAGAGCCCUAGAAACCUUAAAGCAGGAGCACUCUGAAUUGAGAGAGUUCAUGAGACAAGGUGGGAACUCGGUGGUCUCUAGUUCCGUGAUUUCAUUAGAGGAAAUAAAUAGACUCGAAAAAGAAUUAUAUGAUUUGCCGUUAAGUGGUAAAAAAUUUCUCAGCGAAAAAGAAGAGGAAGAACGAAAGCACGAUGCCCAAUUCAGAUUUACCGAAAGCCGCCUUGAUUUUUCUGACGCCAAUAAGUCAAAAUUAAACAAAUUUACGGAAUUCUUCAGAUAUAUAAACAAACUGGGCUAG